AUGGAUCAGGCAGCUGAACUCUGCUCUGGGUGUCGCAUCGCGCUCGAGGAAUCGUAUCGUGGAAAGACCAGAACCUAUGUCGACAUUGCAGAUGAGGACUGGGACAAUGAUUACGACUUUGAGAUCCGCAGAGGAUUCGAGAUGGCGAGAGAGCUGAUUGACCAGAAGUCGGACUCAGAGCCAUUCAAGGGACGGUUGAGUGACGCAAAUAUGGAUGUGAACAUCUACUUUGCGGACGAGUAUGAAGAUCGUGAAGCAUUUUUCAGAGUCUCCCUCUUGUCGUUGUCCACAGGGAAUUCAUGGCCCGACUCGUACGAGCCCACGCCUGGUACUGGUGACGAGAACACUUUUGAGCUGAUCAAAUACUGGACCGACGUUUGUCUAAAGCAGCACUCAUCAUGUCACGGAAGUGGCCGCUGGCAAUGGGCGCCCACAAGACUGAUACACGUUCGCAGAGAUGGAGAGAAGGGCAUAUUUGCUUCACUACACGAAGCCGCGCUUGAAGAUUACCCUUCUGAGGUCGACUACUUAGUUCUCAGCCAUCGCUGGCUCAGCAAUGAGCCCUUGCGGCUGCUCAAGAAGAACCACAACGAUCUCCGCAACGAGAUCCCGCUCGAUAGCUUGAAACCGGCCAUUCAAGAAGCCACGGACCUGUGCCUGCGGCUUGACACUGCAUACAUCUGGAUCGACACCUUGUGCAUACUUCAAGACGACCCCGGCGAUCUAGACCGUGAACUCGCAGAAAUGCAUCGGAUAUAUGGCAAUGCCAGAUGUACCAUCGCAGCAGCCGUCACUAACGGCGGCUGCUUCAGCACCCGAGACACCCAGCUAACGAGAAACAACAUCAUCACACUCACCCUCGCCGGAGAGACGCUGAGAUAUCGACUCAAAGUCCACUGGGGACAAAUCAACGGCGAACUCCAGAGCUGCAUCCUCGGCAAACGAGCUUGGAUCUUCCAAGAACGCUUCCUGUCUCCGCGCAUACUUCACUUCUGCGACCGGCUUGUGCACUGGGAAUGUCGCGAGCUGGAAGCUUCAGAGGUAUAUCCCAAAGGCAAGCCGCCAGCUAUAAGCGCCAACAGGCAUCGUCCCUUCCAUUUCGAUGCCCAAGACAAGAGCAGCCCAAGCUCAACAGCACUCAGCCUACCACCCUGGGACUCAAUCGUAAGCAACUAUACAGACCGCAGCCUGACCUUCCCAGCAGACCGUUUGAAAGCUCUAUCCGGCGUAGCCGCAUACUGCGCCGCACUUACGGGUGACGAAUAUCUCUACGGCCUCUGGCGCAAAACAAUACCAGUGAGUCUUCUUUGGGGCGUCGUAGCAUCCGAGCAAGAACCGGUGAAGAAGCGUCUGCCUAAUCUCGCGCCCUCGUGGUCCUGGGCUUCGGUGUCCGGGUUGGUGAUGUUUAGUGGGUGGCUUGAGCGGGAGCAUGAGGUGCUUGCUGAACUCGUUGGGUUGGAGAACGUUGACGACGGCAAGUCUGCCUUUCAAGCUGUGGUGCGAUUGUGUGGGAUGGCUUUCAAAGGCACAGUGCAAGGCCAGCUUGCUGGCACGAUGCUGACAGACUACUUAUAUGCCACAUCGCCCAUCGUUCCGGACGCUACGAUUCGAGUUCUCCCCGACACUAGUGACGGUGAUAUGGAGCACCUUGAGCCCUAUGAGGCGUAUUUCUUGCCUAUCCUCUACGUCGAAGACAUCGGCACCGACGGAAUCAUUCUGGAGUAUUUGGAAGACGCUGUCGUGCCAACGUACCGGCGAAUUGGCUGUUUCAGCGUGGGCGGACGUACAAAUCUCGAUGAAGCUAAUGGUAGCGAAGAGUACUGGGUCUGCUGA